GGGAAGCUUAUGCUAGAGAAAAGAGGAAAAGGCCUCCAUCUUUACCAGAGGAGCCAUCCUCCUCCUCUUCUGAUGGUCCUGUUCCAGAUGAGCUGUUAUGUCUCAUUUGUAAAGACAUCAUGACCGAUGCAGCUGUUCUUCCCUGCUGUGGAAGCAGUUAUUGUGACGAGUGUAUUAGAACGGCAUUGCUGGAGACUGAGGAAUAUACAUGCCCAGCGUGUCACCGGACAGACGUUCCUCCUGAUGGUUUAGUUGCCAACAAGAGCCUACGCCAGGCUGUGAACAACUUCAAAAAUGGUGUUGGCUACACAAAAAGGCUCCGUAAGGAGAUCCAGCAGCAACCAUCAGUACCCACAGGUGGUAAGUCCUCCGAGAACAGACAGUACCAUGCACUGCCCAGGUGCCAGAACAAGCUGUGA